CGCUGCUGCGAACUCAGAAUAGGCUCGAAAUCCUUUAGUUUUUGUCCGAUUUACACCAACGCCCGCAUAUACAACCUGGCGAAUAAUCGAUUACUUACACUACGAAUAUCGGCAUAAUGGGGUCAGCACCGCCGCUACCCACGCGGUUCCCGUGCUGGUGCAGAGCCGUAUAUUCUUGGGGAGGAGAAUCGCAACACGAUCUAGGAUUCAUCGAAGGAGAUUUAAUAGAAUGUCUAAACGCAGGAGAUGGGUCAUGGUGGACGGGCAGACUACGGCGCAACAAGACUGUCGGCGUCUUCCCUUCUAACUUCGUCGAGGUAUUACCCGAAGAUUUUCGACCAGUUACGAGGUCGGCGAGUCCACUGACUUCGAGUCAUUCCCCGAGUCCAACCAACACACCGCAGAAAUCCAAGUCGCGAAAUUUCCGCAAACCAUUCGAGGCCUAUGCGAAAGCACCUCACUACACAACGGCAAAACAGCCCGAAAUAAUAAGAAACGUUUCCAACACACCACCAAGGCAGAAUUCAAAUGGAUCAUUUAGAAACAAUGCGCGUCAGGAUUCUGGUCGCGGCCCAUCGCCGUCCGAGAUUCGGUUACACGGGUCAAGAGCUCCGUCUCCCGCGCCUCCUCCGCCGCCGGCACCGGUAACUUCAUAUGCUCCCCGAGCCGUGUCGCCCGCACCUCCGAUGCAUACAUAUAGUUCUAGAGCCCCUUCCCCAAGAACUCAUUCUCCCAUUCCUCCGCAAGCAUACGACUAUCACCGAGCACCAUCACCUGCUCCACCCCCCGUACAACAUUACGGUUCAAGGGUACCAUCACCGGCUCCAUCAUUUAGCUUUAAGCCAUAUCGACCAGGGGCAGAGCGCGAUUCACCUCCGCCACCAGCUCCACCACCACAUCGUCACGUUAUUACAAGAGGCAACUCGAAUGCCUCACACGCGUCUUACGAUAGUCGAAGACCGCAAGAAGGAUAUCAUACACCAAGAGUACCUUCGCCAAACCCGCAAUCUCCAGCUAAUGAUGGCUUUACUCCCUCCCCAUUACGAGAGGCGAUGGAUGGUGUUAUUGAGCAAUUAGAUGCUCUAGGCAUGGCGCGCGAAACCGAUUCCCCAGAGCCGCCUUUGGAUCCAUGGUCGCCGGAAUCUUUCGAUUUGGUACAUCAUCGAUCCCGGAGAAAGGCCAAAACGAGGCCGUUAACAUCGAUGGGUGUACCCCUUCAGGAUUCAGGAUAUGGUUCCUUGAACGGUGGUUCAUCGCAAGAGAAUACAUAUCACAAUGACAUCCCACAAGAACAACCACUUCCCAAAUUAAGCAACUAUGUGGAGAGAAUGGAAAAUCGCUUCCGAAAAAUGCACCAGCAUAGCUCAAGCAUGGGAGUCAUUGAUGACCAAGACAUGGGCCCUCCACCGCCACCACCACCUAAGAAUCCUUUAUAUAGUAGGCCGAAAUCAUCAAUAGGUAACAGAGGCCAUGAAGAACGCAAGUUUCUACGUAAACAAAAGUCAUCCUACGAAGUCGGUCUUUUGGAUAGAACAGGCACUACAAAAACAACUUCGACGGAUUCUUCGUCCGGCAAUCGAAGCACCGCAACGAAUAGCACGCAAAGAAGUCUAAUGAGUGGUAUUUCUGCGGGUGGAAUCAGCGCUACGAGCGCUGGUAGCCUGGCCAGAAAAAACCAACGAGCGCGCAGUGCUCUAGGCUUCCGAGAUGGUGAUGAUGAUUGGGAUGCCAACCGGCCGACUACACCAUUCAGCGGCGUAUCCUAUCAUCCAAGUCAUUCUACAUCAGCUAUGCGACCUCAAUCGCAAAUUGGCUUCACCGACGAUGGAAUUGCGGCUGUUGGAGGUCUCGUGCAACCGGGCACCACGAAGCCCAAAAAGCAGAAUUUCAUUAAGAGAAUUCUAGAGGCGACGAAGACAGGUGUUGCUAGUGGUCGUAAUAGUAUUACGACCGGGGGAGGAUCUGGACAAACUUCGCCAUCGAAACGCUCGGGACCUAACGGGAUUACAGCGAUCGCAGGCGGAGCUAGUAGCACCAGCCUAGUGAGAGAUGCGGCUACUGAUAUGGGGCUUACGAAAGGAGUGGACUGGGUCCAGGUACGAAGGGAUGUUAACCGAUCAAAUACUCUGAGCAAAAACGAACGCAGCGAGCGACGAGACCGAUGCAUGAUGUUGGAUUACCCAGCAAUAGAUCCUGUCGACGAGCUUUAUGAGAGCGUUGAGGGGGAUGAGGGUGCCGACGGCUUACCAGUUCGCAACCCAAUCAACUAUCAAGUCAUAAACUUGAGUCAAGUGGACAAGAACUCUCGUUUUAUCAGUGGUCUACCGUCUAUGACGACUGCUGUUACUCUCGCCACGACUUACGUGUGCAGACCAUACAAAAGCGAGGUUCAGCGUCUCCGAGCGAUAUUCACUUGGGUCGCAGAGAAAAUCAACUGGGAAGAGGAUUACGAAGGCGAGGUAGACACACGACAUGUUAUCCAGACAAAACGAGGAUGUUCAGAAGAAUACGCAGUUUUAGUUCAUGAGAUGUGUGCCGCGAUCGGUAUACAUUCUGAAGUCGUCCGCGGUUAUCUCAAAUCUCCAGGCGAGAUUCCCGAGACGGGCCUAAUGCCUCGAUCAAAUCACUGGUGGAAUGCCGUUGUGAUCGAUAAUGAAUGGCGAAUGAUGGAUUGCUGUCUUGCAAGUCCAUCCAACCCUCGUCGUGGGCAAUACUCAGGCGCUAGCAGUACGACAGCAGAGUUUUGGUGGUUUCUCACACGGCCUACGGAGCUUUGCUGGACUCACAUUCCCGAACAUCAUAGCCAACAACACAUCUGCCCGCCAGUGGCCCACGAAACGCUACUGAACCUACCAGGUGCUUGUCCGCCGUUCUUCAAGCAAUCCAUCGCUAUGGUUGAUUACAAUACAUCGUUGACUCGAAUUGAAGAUCUCGAAAUGGUACAUAUCAAGUUCAACGUACCACCCGAUAUCGAGAUAGCAGCUGAGGUCGAAGUACGAGGAUUCACGCGAGACUCAGAUGGUGACAUUUUUGAAAAUGGCGAGGUAGUCAGGAAGCGUGCACUCGCACAAGCAGAUUGGUACGGCGGUGCAAAGCGAUACACAAUAAAGGCACUCCUACCAGGCGACGAGGGUAAUGGCGUUUUGAAAGUGUACGCAGGGAAGCGUGGACUCAUGCAUAGCAUUAAGGAUAUCCCGCAUCCCCUUGCGUUUGCAUUGCCCAUUAUCCACACCGGCGAAAACCCACCUUACGAGUUUGUUACCCGACAUCCUACGCCACAUGCCCAACGGCAUGAUAUCUACGUCGUGCAACCCCAGUGCCAAAAACUGGCGCUAAAUAAUACCUUCGUAUUUGCGAUCCGGCAACAUCCCUCUAGCCCUGCGGGUGCGCCAAGCAGUAACCCUGGGGGCACAAGCCCUGUGCCGUUUGCUAGACCUGGUAGUGCUAUGAGCAUGAUGAGUAGUAGUCAAGCAGGCUCUAACCCCAGCUCCGCUACAGGAAGUAUUGCGGGCAAGAAACCAGCCAAACUUGCGAUCCAGACCCCUGGCGGCAAAAUCCUUCGUCUCAUGCGCAAGGAGGAGCGUGGGAGCGGACGGUCGGGGAUUGGCGUCGGCGGGCGUAGCGCCGAGGAUGAGACGAGUGAUGGUGGAACGUGGGAAACGAUUAUCAAGUGCUCUGAACGUGGCGUCUGGCGCGGCCUGGUGCUGGCUGAUCGGACUGCUAGGUGGUGCGUAUUCGCGGAGUGGGUAUGCAUCUAAUAAAACGGGAUGGAAAGUGGAAAAAAGGAAAAUGAGAUGGAUGAUGGAGCCCGAUUCGCCGAUUUUCGCCCAGAUCGAGAUUCAUGACCCCCCAAAACUAAACUCUAAUCUAUUUGGGGAUAGACGCACGUGGCGUCGCGUGGCGGCGCCAUCGUUCGACUCAGGACUUUGAAGAAAGUCCCCACGGAGCUUCUAACUCUCCGGGGAGAUUUACGAAG